UCACCUUCUUCUCUUUUCUCGACAACGCCGGAGAUAAAACGCGGUGAAUCUGCAACCGUCGACUCUCUUAUCGCCUUCAUCUCUCAGGGUUUAGGGUUUCCAUAGAUUGGAAAGUGCAAACCUUUAGGCUCAUGAAGCAUUGGGUCAUUUCCUCAGUAGAAGAAAGAUACAAGCUUUGAGUAUCUUUGCAACUUCCCGGUGAUCGUAAAACUUACAGCAGCAGGACAUAUCAGAAUCAAAACAUCCCCUGGAACUGGUUCCGACCGAUCAAAACAAAUACAAUUUUAGGUCUGUGAGAGAGCAAAGAGAAAGAUAAGAAAAAUGGAAGGAUGGGAUCCGAGCACAAAGUCUACGUUAACGCGAAUCCCUCUACUGACGACAAAGGCCGGACCAAGAGACGGCGACGCAUGGAAACAGAGGCUUAAAGAAGAGUACAAGUCUCUGAUCGCCUACACACAGAUGAACAAGUCCAACGACAAUGACUGGUUCCGCAUCUCCGCAUCCAAUCCGGAAGGCACUCGCUGGACUGGCAAGUGCUGGUAUGUUCACAACCUCCUCAAAUACGAAUUCGAUCUCCAGUUCGAUAUCCCUGUCACUUACCCUGCCACUGCUCCCGAGCUCGAGCUCCCUGAGAUUGACGGCAAAACUCAAAAGAUGUAUCGAGGUGGGAAGAUUUGCUUGACUGUGCAUUUCAAGCCGCUCUGGGCUAAAAACUGUCCUAGGUUUGGUAUAGCACAUGCACUUUGUUUGGGGCUUGCUCCGUGGCUUGCUGCAGAGAUUCCAAUCCUUGUGGACUCCGGCAUGAUUAAGCACAAAGAUGACGCAGCCUCAUCUGCAGAAUCUUAGACCUCUCUAUCCGUGUCAGAGUCUGAGGUGUUAUCAGUAAUAGCUUAACUCAGAAAUGACUGAGGUGGAUGUGUCUGCCAUAUACAACGUUUACAUGAAAAAAACCACCCCAAUAAAGAUUUUAAGCUAUUGCAUUGUUUUUCUUCAUAUACUUGUACAACUUGAGAGUAUUUGAUGUUUUUCAUACUUUGGAA